CCUGAUUGCAGUGCACAUUACGAAGUUGUUAAGAAAUGUUCGCACACUCUAGUUUGCAUUAUCUAAAAUGGGGCGGAAUUUAAGGUGGAAGAAUGCUCCAGCUCCACCAGGCAAAGCAUAUUGUCCAACUACAGUUGAACAAUGGGCCAACUGCCUUUCACAUCUUCCUUGUGUUCCACUUGGUAUUGCUGGCAUGGUUAGAUUAUAUUCAAAAGCAGAUACAUAUUCUGAGUCAAUAGCUGCAAUUGUCUAUGGUUUAGCCAUCGUUUCACUCUUCCUUGCAUCUUCUGUCUUCCACAUGUUCUCUUUAUUUUGUUGUAAUAGGCAUUUACGUUCAAAACUUCAAGUAUGUGAUCGAAUUGUUAUAUGCUUAUUUAUACCAGCUUCAUAUACUCCAUGGUUAUUACUACGUGAUUUUCAUGCCUCUUGGGGAUUGACUACACUGUGGUCUGUAUGGAUCGCUGCAAUCUUUGGAUGUGCAUUUCAGUAUAUUUAUGUUGAUAGGUAUAAAUCUGUUGAAUUGUUAGUUUACCUGGCUAUCUCUAUUUGUCCGGCUUACAGUUUUAUAUACAUGCAUGAACAGUCUGGUUUAUCAAUUGUGUUACUUGGUGCAAUAGUUUACCUAUCUGGAGUGAUAUUCUUUAAACUUGAUGGUCAUAUCCCAUUGGCACAUGCUAUUUGGCAUUGUUUUGUAUUCAUUGCAACAUUUCUACAAUUCACUGCUGUUGACACUUUUUUGUUAAGUGAUUGAAUAAGAAAAAUAAUAUUUUCUAAUAUUUAUGAAAUAAGUGUGAUUUUGUUUUCGCUUUUUAGAAAAGAUCUUUUUUCCAGUUUUUUUUCUCUCCCUAUCUCUCUUUAACUUUUAUUCUUUUCAAUUCGAUUGGAUUACUUUUUCCUUUUGCUAGUCAUGAUGUUUAAGUUAUUUACUUUUCUUAUAGAAAUUUGUGUUAAAAUAUUGUAUACUACUAAUAAACUUGUUGUGUCUGUCUGUAUUGUGUGUACACUUUAUUUUAAUUUCAUCUACUUUUAUUCUUUAUGCAUAAUGAUGUCAGAGAUAUUUUGUUUGGUUUAAAAUUUAAAAAGAAAAUUGAUUUACUUAUUUCAUUUUAUCUGAUAAACAUUAUUAAUGUGUGAUGUAGUAUGUACACAUCAUCUCAAUGACCUUGUGUACUUUUUUUACACUUGUUUGACCUUGACGUGUCAGGUGUUUGUAUAGAUCAGUGGUGUGUCUAUUCAAAGUGAUCGAUGAACGGACAGACAGUAGUGGAAGCCUGACGAUCCCUCUGUUCAGUAAUUUGUGUCUAUUUUGAAAGUUUAUAUUGAUGUAAAUGAUGCUCUAUAUUUUUCACUCAUCCCUAUUAUUCUUGAGUUUCAUGUAUUGUUUUUUGCUCGCUUAAGGUUGACAUUUCAAUUUUUUCAUCAGUUCAGUUAGAUUUAUUGUAUUAUUUUCUCUUUUUAUUUCUUGAAAAAAAGAAAAUUAUAUUUAAGUUGGGUAGAGAAA